UAGAAGAUGAAGAAUCAGCAGCUUCUCAACAAGAAUCUUUCAUGGAUGAUUUCAAUCGUAAUUGCACGUUGUCUACCAAACAGAGGCUUUAUGGUUUUGCUAUAUGCUUAUCAACUGGUAUCGCCUGUACUCUCUUGGUGUUGUUAUACCUAAUGGGCCUAAGGGAUGAUGCUUCACUCACUUUAUUCUUCUUCCGUUAAAUUCGUCAUAGCUUUUAGCAAGAGUGAUGAUUAGACGGGAAGAGAUGGCUGGAUUGAAGACUAGAAUCUAUCGGCAUAUACCAUUUCUUAUGUUGUCUGUGGGAGCAGAAUGGGUUUAUUUGUUUGGUACUAUUAAGCAAAGGAAGAUCCUGGAUUUGGUGCUUCACAAAUGUAUUACAGGAGUAAAGGAGGCUAGCUUUUUCUUUUCCAAUGUCUUCAUAGCAAUGCUGAGGAAUUAAGUCCUUGACCAAUGCAUUUCUUUCUUUCUUGCAAAUUUUUAUUUCUUUUGAAAAGUAACAUUUUGCAGUCGAGUCUUUUUUGGUCAUAAAUUAUAGGAUGUAUUAUAGGUCCUAAUUCCUCCCUCCUCUCUCUAACUUUCUCUCUCCUCUCUCUCCUCUUCCCUUCACCAUUAGAUCUGAGAUUUAGAUCAGAUUAGAUCUGAUAUCUGAUAUUUCAGAUCCUUUUCCGGCCACUAUCACAUUCAGGUAAUACCGGCGAUCAGGUAACGCCGGCGACUUUUCCGGCUACAUUUACUUUGCUUUCGCUUUUUCCUUUUUCUUCUCCUCUUCUUCUUCUCUUCUACUUUUUUCCCUUUUUAUCUGCCGGAUAGCCGCUGCUCAGUCGCCGGCGAAUUUUUCCGGCAACUUUUCUGGUUUUUUCGCUGUAAACAGUACCCCCGACGUGAACAGUACUCCCGGUGUGAACAGUACUCCGCGUGAACAGUACCCCCGACGUGAACAGUAUUUUCCGGCGGCGAACAGGUUCAUUUCGACUAGAGUUGGUACCUCCGGUUCUCAUAUCUAUGCUUUGUUCAUACAUUUGUAGCUACAUUUGCUGACUUUAGACCUUUGACUAAUUUAUUAGUUCAAACGCGUUUUCGUGGCUUUGGAUAUUGAUGGUAGACUAGGGUCAUGUUCUCGUUCAGGGACGGGGACGGGGACGAGGGUUAGGAGGAGUAAGUGGGUUAAAGGAGCAUCUAGACUGAGAGUAGGUUCUUGGAACAUUGGGACGUUAACGGGAAAGUCCAUAGAGCUAGUUAAGACCCUUAAGAGGAGGAAGAUUAAUAUAGCUUGUGUCCAAGAGACCAAAUGGGUAGGACCUAAAGCUAAGGAGGUAGACGGGUAUAAGCUUUGGUUCUCUGGUAGAUCGAAGUAUAGGAAUGGGGUAGGCAUUUUAGUAGAUAGUGAUUUAAGGGAUCAGGUGGUGGAGGUUAGGAGAGUCAACGAUAGGAUGAUGUCGAUUAAGGUGAUCGUUGAAGGGACCACUUUGAAUAUUAUUAGUGCUUAUGCGCCGCAAGCGGGCUUACGCGAGGAGGAGAAGAGGCGCUUUUGGGAGGAUUUGGACGAGUUAGUGGGAGGCAUACCGCCUACUGAGAAACUUUUCGUGGGAGGGGAUUUCAAUGGGCACAUCGGGUCUAUUUCGGGAGGUUAUGAUGAUGUGCAUGGAGGCUUUGGCUUCGGGGACAGAAAUGGAGGAGGAGUUUCACUUUUGGAUUUCGCAAGAGCUUUUGGGUUGGUGAUAGCCAAUUCGAGUUUUCCAAAGAAGGAAGAGCACUUGGUAACCUUCCGUAGUUCGGCGGCUAAGACUCAGAUAGAUUUUUUUACUUCUUAGGAAGGAUGAUAAAGGUUUGUGUAAAGAUUGUAAGGUCAUUCCGAGGGACAACCUUACAACCCGACAUAAGCUCUUGGUGAUGGAUUUAGGGAUUAAGAUGACGAGGAAGAAGAGGGUCGGGGAUGAUCGACCUAGGAUCAGAUGGGGGAGUUUGACCACGGCUAGUGCCCUGGAGAUGGAAGAGAAAUUGAAGGAUAUGGGGGCCUGGGAUAGUAGUGGGGAUGCGACCAGUAUGUGGGAUAGGACGGCUAGUUGUAUUAGGGUUGUAGCAAGGGAAGUGUUGGGAGUCUCGACAGGUAGUCGUGGUCGGCAUCGAGGGGACUGGUGGUGGAAUGGAGAAGUGCAAGGGAAGGUGGAAGCAAAGAAGAUGGCGUAUGCGAAGCUGAUAGAAAGCAAGGAUGAGGUGGAGAUGUGGACGAAUAGGGAACUUUAUAAGAUAGCAAGGAAGGAGGCGAAGUCGGCGGUUUCGACGGCAAAAACGACAGCUUUUGAACGCCUCUAUGCUGAACUAGAAGAGAAAGGCGGGGAUAGGAAAUUGUUCAGGCUAGCCAGGGUGCGGGAGAGAAGGGCGCGCGAUGUGGAUCAAGUGAAGUGCAUUAAAGAUGAGCAUGGAAAAGUAUUGGUAGAGGAGACUCUCAUUAAACAGAGAUGGCAGUCAUAUUUUCACAAACUCUUGAAUGAAGAAGGGGAGAGAGACAUCGUGUUGGGAGAUUUGGAGCAUACAGGGAGGCGUCACGAUUUUGGGUAUUGCAGGAGUAUUAAGGUUGAGGAGGUUAAGGGUGCUGUCCGUAGGAUGCGCAGGGGAAGAGCGACCGGACCUGACGAGAUCCCUGGGGAAUUUUGGAAGAGCGCGAGCUCGACAGGUUUGGAGUGGCUGACUAGGUUGUUUAAUGUCAUCUUUAAGACGGCAACGAUGCCCGAAGAAUGGAGGUCGAGCGUAAUGAUCCCUCUAUACAAAAACAAGGGGGAUGUCCAGAGUUGCGAAAACUAUAGAGGUAUCAAGCUACUAAGCCAUACUAUGAAAGUGUGGGAAAGAGUGGUGGAGAUGAGAGUGAGGAGAGGCGUGUCUAUUUCAGAGAACCAGUUCGGAUUUAUGCCGGGACGCUCAACUACAGAAGCCAUUCAUCUUGUGAGGAGACUGGUGGAGCAGUAUAGGGAGAGGAAGAGGGACUUGCAUAUGGUAUUCAUCGACCUAGAAAAGGCUUACGAUAAAGUUCCAAGAGAAAUCCUAUGGAGAUGUUUGGAGGCUAAAGGUGUACCUGUAGCAUACAUUAGGGUGAUCAAGGACAUGUAUGAGGAAGCCAAAACUAGAGUAAGGACAGUAGGAGGGGACUCAGAGCACUUUCCAGUUGUGAUGGGGUUGCAUCAAGGAUCAGCUCUUAGUCCGUUUUUAUUUGCCUUGGUGAUGGAUAGAUUGACGCGACAAAUUCAAGGUGAGGUGCCAUGGUGUAUGCUUUUCGCGGACGACAUAGUCCUGAUCGAUGAGACUCGUAGCGGAGUUAACGCUAAGCUGGAGGAUUGGAGACAUACCUUGGAGUCUAAAGGAUUUAAGCUGAGUAGGACCAAGACAGAGUACUUAGAGUGUAAGUUCAGUGAGACACCCCAGGAGGUUGGCGUGGAAGUUAGGCUUGGUGCUCAGGCCAUCCAAAAGAAAAGUAGUUUCAAGUACCUUGGGUCUAUCAUGCAAGGCAACGGGGAGAUUGACGAUGAUGUCACACAUCGUAUUGGGGUAGGGUGGAUGAAAUGGAGGCUAGCUUCAGGAGUGCUAUGUGACAAGAAGGUGCCACCACAACUGAAGGGCAAGUUCUACAGAGUGGUGGUUAGACCGGCUAUGUUGUAUGGGGCGGAGUGUUGGCCAGUUAAGAUCUCUCACGUUCAAAAGAUGAAAGUUGCCGAGAUGAGAAUGUUGAGAUGGAUGUGUGGGCACACUAGGAGCGACAGGAUUAGAAAUGAGGCUAUUCGGGAUAAGGUGGGAGUGGCCUCGGUGGAAGACAAGAUGCGGGAAAUGCGACUGAGAUGGUUUGGGCAUGUGAAGAGGAGAGACAUAGAUGCCCCGGUGUGGAGGUGUGAGAGGUUAGCCAUGGAUGGUUUCAGAAGAGGUAGGGGUAGGCCAAAGAAAUAUUGGGGAGAGGUGAUUAGACAGGACAUGACGCAGUUACAGCUUACCGAGGACAUGACCUUAGAUAGGAAGGUGUGGAGGACCCACAUUAGGGUAGAAGGCUAGUAUAUAAGUCUCGUUAUCUUUCCUUAUUAGUAGGCGCAUUAGCGCAUUAUAAUUUCUUGUGCUUUGAUUUAUGUUAUUAUUUGCUACUUUCUGUACUUUGAUUACUCUAUUUUAUCUGUGCCGCUUUCGUGAUUUGCAUUUCCAUAUCGCUUUGAAUUCCUUGAUUAUCCUGUUUUACUGUGUCGCUUGCAUUAUUUCAUUGCAAUAUCGUUUUAAAUCUUUUAACCUUAUCUGACCCCCUUUUUAUGCUUCUAUUGAGCCGAGGGUCUCUCGGAAACAGCCAUCCUACCUUGGUAGGAGUAAGGUCUGCGUACAUUAUACCCUCCCCAGACCCCAAGAUGUGGGAUUUCACUGGGCUGUUGUUGUUGUUGUUGUUGUUAUUACGUGCACCAGCAAUCGUUUCUUGUAUACAAAUAUGUUCAGAACUAAUGGUAAAAUUUAACUGGACAUCUAGUCUUGAGGAUUUUGUGUUGAAUAACAUCAGCAGUAUAAAUUUUAUUUCUGUAGUAUAAUCUUUUUCAGUUUUGUUGUGUCAGUUUUCAUAGUAUAAUCUCUUUCAUGGUUGACAUAAGAUCUCAUGCA